AUGUCACAGGUGGGCCCCAACAGUAUUGCAGCCAGAGAUGGACGUAUCAGAGAGGGAGACAGAAUACUGCAGAUUAACGGUCAUGAUGUGCAGGAUAAAGAGGAGGCGGUGGCUCUUCUGUCCAAUGAGGAGUGCAAAAGCAUCGUGCUUCUGGUGACCAGACCAGAGAUGCAGAUGGAGGAGAGCUGGCUGGAUGAGGAGCACAGUGAGUUCCUGGAGGAGCUCAAGAUGGAGAUUCUGCAGGAGCAACGCAACGAGGAAAAUCAGCAGCUGGAUGCUCGAGUGCACCAGGACCAGGAGGGCGUGGCGGUCGGCUCCCCGUCCAAACAGCGAGAGCAGCGGAUCAGAGCGGAGCAGCACGACCACAACCGGGAGUCCGAGACGCCGCACACCUCCUCCCCACAGCGCCGGCUCCGAGAGAGCUUCGGCCUCGCCGAACACCGCCUGAGCGUCAGCCUGGGCCGCGACAUCGAGUCCGGUCCCGGGUCGGGCCUGGCGUCGCUGGGUCUGUCCUCCGGGCGAAGCGGCGUCGGUGGUAGCGUCCAGCGGGUGGAGCGGGACCUCUUCCAGCAGCACCUGCUGGAGCUCAAGUGCCAGAUCCGCAACCGGGGCGAGUGCGGCCUCUACUACGCCCGCAGCAGCACCAUCGAGUGCAGCGGAGGAGGAGGCGUGGGGGUGGAGCGCGAGCUGCGGAUGCUCAACGAGGAGCUGCGCAGCAUCGAGCUGGAGUGCCAGAGCAUCAUGCAGGCGCACCAGCUACGCAAGACGCAGAGCGACGACCUCGACCUCGACUACGCCCGGCCCACGUCGCCCGCGUCCGCCAACGUCCAGCAGCGGGCAGCCAAGGCGGCCAGAGGUCAGCAGCAGCAGCAGCAGCAGAAGGGUCGCGGGGGGAGGCUGGCGGACAUCCACGAGUACCCCGAGCGCUGGGACACCGGCGUCGGCGGCGGCAACAACAACAACAAGCAGCGGGACAACAGGGACAACAGCUCGAGCGCGUACAACACGGCGGAGAGCGCACGGUCCACUCCGCUGGGCCUCAUCGAGCACUCGCGCUCGCACUCGCCAGAGUCCUCGCAGCAGCAGCGUCGCGUCAACCUGACCAACCUCAAGAACUUGCACGGGAGCGCGCACAGCUCGCCGACACACACGCUCGCACACACACACACCAGCAGCCCGCGGCACCAGUACCACCAGCACACACACACACACACACGCUCUCACACCCUGCCCACCCCCUCGAGUCAGUCGGCGCGGACCCAUCAGACGGCCUCCACGCCGGGCAGCCCCAACCGGACCCUCCCUGCCCCCUCUAAUGCAACCGCCAACUCGUCCAGCCUGGACCAGAGCCCCAGCAACCCCUCCGAGUCGGACCCGGCCCUCCCCGCCGACGACGAGAGGGUGGACCGCAAGAGGGGCCACCAUCACCCCCACCAGCGACGGCAGCCGGCCUGGCACGCCUCCCCGUACCACCACCACGCCACCACCGCCACCACUACAGCGGGCAGCGCCAACGCCGCGAGCGCCCGCAACUACCAGAGCUACGUCCAGCUGCUGCAGCAGCACUCGUCCUCGUCGCUGGAGUUCUCCCAGAGCCAGCUGAGCCUCCUCAGCCUGCGGCCGGGACGGCCGGGCGAGCCGCGCCUGGAGUGGAAGGUCAAAGUGCGGGCGGACGGCACGCGCUACGUGGCCCGGCGACCGGCCCGCGACCGCAUCCUGCGGGAGCGCGCGCUGAGGAUCCGCGAGGAGCGCAGCGGCGGGAUGACCACGGACGACGACGCGGCCAGCGAGCUCAAGAUGGGCCGCUACUGGAGCAAGGAGGAGCGCAAGCAGCAGCUGGCGCGCGCCAGGGAGCAGCGGCGCAGGAGGGAGUUCAUGCAGCGCAGCCGCCUGGAGUGCCUCAAGGAGACCACAGGGGGCGCCACCGGGACGCGGAGGGAGGUCAACAUCCUGGAGCUGAGUCAGAGGAAGAUGAUGAAGAGGCGGAACAAGAAGAUCCUGGACAACUGGAUGACCAUCCAGGAGCUGAUGACCCACGGGGCGCGCGUGCCCGAGGGCACCAAGGUCCACAAUGCCUUCCUGUCGGUCACCACCGUGUAG